UCUCCUCUCCUCGAAUCAGUAGCACUGAAUCCCAGAAAGGACUGGAGCUGUCUCCCGGUUUCCGCUCCUGCCUCUGGGCCCUAACGCCCGAGCCUCAGUGACACCAGAGCUUCCAGGGAUAUUUGAAGCACCAUCCUUUCCAUUCCUGGGCACUUCCACAGCGCUGGCAACGGCACGGGUCACAUGCUCCCCGAAGAGAGGUUACCGAGCUCCCUUCCCGAGCGCUCUGUGGAGUCAGAAAGGAGGAGGAGGAAAAAGGAGAAGAAGGAGGAAGAGUGGAAAGAGGAGGAGAAUACUCCAAGGAAGAGGAAGAGAACACAAAGAGUAAAGGUUCUCAGAGCGGGAGCUUUGUAACUGCAACCAUGUGUGUGGAGCGGCUCAGCCAAUUAGUGACCCUGGCGUUUGUGCUGGCCAGCUUCGAUCCCGUGCUGGGGACUGAAGCCACUAACCCACCCGAAGGGACGCAGGACAGAGCCUCUCCGCAGAAAGGGCGGCUCUCCCUGCAAAAUACAGCGGAAAUUCAGCAUUGUUUGGUAAAUGCUGGCGACGUGGGAUGUGGAGUAUUUGAGUGCUUUGAAAACAACUCUUGUGAGAUUCGAGGUUUGCAUGAUAUUUGCAUGACCUUCCUGCACAACGCUGGAAAAUUUGAUGCCCAGGGUAAGUCCUUCAUCAAAGAUGCCCUGAAGUGCAAAGCCCAUGGCCUGAGGCACAAGUUCAGCUGCAUCAGCCGGAAGUGCCCUGCCAUCAAGGAGAUGGUAUUCCAGUUACAGCGGGAAUGCUACCUGAAACACAACCUCUGCUCCGCUGCCAAAGAGAACAUACAAGUGAUGGUGGAGAUGAUUCAUUUCAAAGAUCUGCUAGUGCACGAACCCUAUGUAGACCUGGUGAACAUGUUGCUGACGUGUGGGGAAGAGGUGAAGGAGGCCAUCACCCGAAGUGUGCAGGCUCAGUGUGAACAGAACUGGGGAAGCCUUUGUUCCAUCUUGAGCUUCUGCACCUCAGCUGCUCAGGGGGAACCAGCAGCCACUCCUGAUAGACAGCUGGAGACCGAGGGAUCCAAGGCCAUCCGGGCUCAUCCAGGGGAUCUAGGCUACCACCUCCCAGAAUCAAGUGGGAGGGACGCUUCCAGAGUUGCCAAGGGGGAAAAAGGUAGCAAGACUCACCCGAUUGCCCAUAUCCGUGGCAAAGCUGGGGCCCACGGAGCCCAGGGAUCCCAGGGAAGUAAUGAGUGGGAGGAUGAACGGGCUGAGUAUUCAGAUAUCCGGAGGUGAAAAGAUACACAAAUGGUCAUGAAAUCUUUCCUCCAUACCGUCCAUUUUCUUAUCUAUGGACAUUCCAAAACAUUUACCAUUAAAGAGGGGGGAUGUCACAUGCAGGGUAUUAAGGGAAUCGUGGACUUCAUCAAAGGUGUAUAAAUAAGUGGAAAGGGCAGCUGAGAUGGAAAGUCCAAGAGCAAUCAGCUCUUGGUUGUACCUGGUGAAUUCGGCACUUACACAUAUUCAAGUGAGUGCUCCUAGCGUUGUCCUCAUUUUAACUUUUGUCUUCUUUUGAGCAAUAGGGCCAAGGGGGUGUCAGUCUGAUGGUUUGCUCUGUUGUGGGGAUGGGGAGGGGAAAUGU